AUGCUCCAUAGGCAGUCCGCAAGCAACUCUGCCGAGUCCAUCUCAAGCACAUCUGAUGGCAUAUCUCCCAAACUAGCCAAAGUGCUGUCGAAAAAGAACGAAUUUCUCACCAUCAUUGGGCAUCACAAUGCAACAUCUGCAACCACACCAUCACAACCAUAUUCCGAAUCCAAUGAACGAGAACGAGACGUAACAAUCUGCUUACGAACACGUCCAUUACUACCACACGAACAAUGGAGUAUUCAUAGCGUUAAAAUGGCCAAUCCCAAAUGCACAGUCUUCUCCAUUGACGAAAAGUUUGAUGGACGUAUGCUGUUGAAACCGAACGAGUCGUCGUAUGAUAUGACUUUUGGAGAAGAUGUGGGUAAUAGUGAGAUACAUGCUGUUACUACGCGAGAGUUGUUGAGGACGGUGUAUGGAGGUGCUUCUGCUACGCUUUUCGCAUAUGGACAAACCGGCAGUGGCAAGACGUAUACUUUGAACGGGAUUGAGGAGUGCGUUGGUAAUGAGCUGUUUGAAAUGGCAAAAGCAUAUCGACAACGAACCACGCCCAAUGUUCCAAUACCAGAUGAUGCAGAUUUUGAUAUAUUCAUCUCCUUCUUUGAGCUAUUUGGGAAUCGUGGAUUUGACUUGUUGAAUGAGCGCUCUGAAACGGUCCAAAUCAUGGAAGAUGUAUUUGGAACCAUACAAGUCAAAGGAACAACAGAGGUUCAAGUCUCAGCACCUGAACAGGUGCAUGAAAGAGUGCGAAUAGCAACGUCGUAUCGCCGUACUGAAACGACAUUCAAGAAUACCACAUCGUCGAGAAGUCACGCUGUCUGUCGGUUUAGGAUAGUAGACAAGAGGCGCCCGUCUGCUGAGCCUGGGAUUCUGAUGCUCAUUGAUCUGGCUGGUUCUGAAAACACAGCGGAUGCCAUGUAUCAUGACAAGAGCAGGGUUGCAGAGACUAAAGAGCUCAACAAGUCGCUCGCAGCGAUCAAGGAAUGCAUUCGAACAAGGUCUCUAGCCCUCACAUCCGACAAGAUGGUCCAUAUACCAUACCGAACCACUCGUCUUACCUUAUUGCUCAAAGAUACCUUCGACUUGACAGUACCCAGACCAUGCAAAACCAUCGUCAUUGCCCAUCUAUCACCAUCCAUAGUCGACACACCUCAAUCUCUAAUGACGGUUCGAUUCGCAGCACCUCUCAGAAUAAUAGCUUCGAAACGAGACGAUAUGGCAUCAAACAGUGAGGUCGAAAAUCCAGCCACUUGGACAAACCAACAGCUUCGGGACUGGUUUAGUCGAGAUUUAAUAGGUGCCAAGCUGGAUUUGGAAUUGUUUUGUCCGUAUGAGACUGGAAUGCAAAUGUGUCGAUUGUCUGAGGGGGAGUUUGUGGCCAGAGUGGAUGAAUGUGCUACGGAACGUAAUGCGAUGGGUGAAUCGAGGAUUUCACAGAUUGAGGCAUCCAAGUUUUAUAUACGAUUGUGGAGGAAGCUUAUUGAAGCUCGUACAAAGGUCAGGAAGGAGAAGCUAAAGUAUCGUCCCAAUGCGAAACAACAGAAGGAACGUGAUCUGGAGUAUUUGAGAAUGUACGGAGAGCAGAUGAAGCAAUAA